UUUACUUUUACCGACCAAAACAUUCUCCUGAACUCCAGUCCGCGGAGGAGUAGCAAGGUAACUGAGUGGUCGGUAAGGCGAUGCUAAAGUUACAUUUAAGCUAAUUAAUGUAGCCAUGAAAGAGGCUAAAAGAGGGUAGUUACUUUGAAUAAUUUUGUAGAAAUGUGUUCGUUAUUCCCCUCGCUAACAGUUAACCGUUUGUUCUCUUUGGCUGCUUGAGACGUUGGUUAGUCUGAAGUUAUCUUGACCUGCUGGUUAAUAUCCGCUAACAUAAAGUCCGAAAAACGUAUGUGAAGUUUUAUCUGGGAGAAAUAUUAGUCCCUGCCGCCAGUGCAGAUGCCUCGUUUGGAAAAGUCAAAUGGCAGAGGGACAAAAAGACCAAAAUUAGACUGGAAGUUUGUUCAGAGGUUCUGCAGCAUCCAGAAGGUCCUGUUCCCAUCAUGGACCAGUCAAAGUGCUCUGAUGUUUGGGACGCUACUUGGUGUCACUCUGACAGAGCAGCUGAUCAUUUACCAAGUGGGUGUCCUCCCCAGCCACUUCUACAAUGUGCUGGCAGACAAAGAUUUCUCAGGCUUCAAUAGUCUGGUGGGCACAGCUAUGGCGCUCAUCUUGCUCAACUCCACAUUGAAAAGUCUGGACCAGUACAUUUGCAAUCAGAUGUAUGUUAGCUGGAGGAAGACACUAACUGAGAGCCUCCAUACAGCCUACUUCCAGGGCCGAGUCUAUUAUACACUCAAUGUACUCAGACAGGACGUAGACAACCCAGACCAGCGAAUCAGUCAGGAUGCAGAGAGGUUGUGUAAGCAGAUGAGCACCAUGGCUAGUCGUUUGAUCGUAUCACCGUUCACACUGGCUUACUACACCUACCACUGCUUUUAUAGCACCGGCUGGAUCGGUCCUAUGAGUAUCUUUGGCUACUUUGUGAUUGGGACCAUUGCCAAUAAAAUCCUCAUGGGGCCGAUUGUGUCGACUCUGUUUGAGCAAGAAAAACUGGAGGGAGACUUCAGAUUCAAGCAUAUGCAGAUCCGUGUCAAUGCAGAGUCUGCAGCUUUUUACAGAGCUGGUAAAGUGGAGCUCAUGAGGACUGACCGAAGACUGCAAGCUCUGCUGCAAACUCAAAAGAGUCUAAUAAACAAAGAGCUCUGGCUUUAUAUCGGGGUAAAUACCUUUGACUACCUUGGAGGUUUCCUCAGCUACAUUAUAAUCGCCAUUCCCAUCUUCACUGGUAUCUAUAACGGUCUCACUCCUGGUGAGCUCAGUGCUCUCAUCAGUAAGAACGCCUUUGUCUGCAUCUACUUGAUAAAUGGCUUCACGCAGCUAAUAGACCUGUCAACCACUCUGUCAGAUGUGGCUGGAUACACCCACAGGAUUGGGGAGCUGAGGGAGGUGAUGGAUGACAUCCUACGCACGCAAUGUGACUAUGACCCGGCAUCAGGGGAAAGCUACGACUUUGACAGUGACUUCAAUGUCCACGCAGGGCCCGUGGACACUGCCUUCAUCCUGGACCAUCUUUCAUACAAAUCUCCUUACUCAGACCAGCUGCUGGUGGAGGAUCUGAGUCUAAAAAUCAGCCAGGGAGCACAUCUGCUAGUGGUGGGGAACACAGGCACUGGCAAGACCUCACUACUGAGGGUCCUCAACCGACUUUGGGAGGCACACAGCGGUUUUGUCCAGAUGACCACAUGUUUCGGGCCCAGAGGAACCCUCUUCCUGCCGCAGAAACCUUACCUGACUGAUGGCACACUGCGUGAACAGGUGAUCUACCCACUGAAGGAUAUUUACCCUGCAUCAGGGUCUGUGGACGAUGACAGAAUUAUACAGUUCCUGGAACUAGCUGGAGUGUCCAGUCUCCUAAAGCGUACAGGCGGGCUGGAUGAAAAGGUGGACUGGAACUGGUACGAUGUUCUGUCUCCAGGUGAAAUGCAGCGUCUCUGCUUUGCACGACUCUUCUACCUGCAGCCCAAAUAUGCAGUAUUGGAUGAGGCCACCAGUGCUUUGACUGAGGAGGCAGAAGCACAGCUGUACCGAACCUGUAAACAGCUUGGCAUGACUUUGGUCAGUCUGGGACACCGGAGCAGCCUGGAGAAGUACCAUGAUGUCCAGUUGAAACUGUGUGGAGGAGGCCGGUGGGAGUUAACUAAGUUAAAAGGAGGCAGUGGGAGCCUCGCUCUCAGAGAAGAAGCCAUGUGACUGCAUGGUUAUCUCUUUGAAAUCCUGUAAGCAUCAGUGUGGGAGACGAGAACAGAAAACACUCCUGAAUUCGUCAUUUAAAUAACAUUCAAGUGCUCUUCAACAAGGUACUUUAAAUCCCAGUUCCUCCUCCUCCUUCAGUCAUCAGGUUUAUAUGUAUUUAUAUAUGUAUUCAUGUCCACGGGCAUUUUAAGAGAAUAACAUUUCUCACCAGCUUGCUCGGUUAAAUGCGAGGUUAAGAAAAUGGGUGGGAGUGCAACACUUUCCAAGGAAGAUGACGCUUUGUUGGACGCUUGUGGGUCAGGAGGGAGAGCUCAGCCAAAAUGUUCUGGACCCAAAGACUUUGACAAACGAAUGGCUUGGACGGCUACGUAAUUUUAAAUUUGUCUAUCAUGACAACAAAUCAGGAAAGAAGGACACUCAGUAGAUCUUGUGUGCCUUUAUGUGAGAUUACAUUUGUUUAUUGUAUUAUGUUUAUAAUCACUACAUUGGAAAUAUUAGUUAAAAUUUUGUAAUAAAAACAAUGUUCUCAGCUCUAUGUAACUCCUAUCAAGUGCAGAGUACAUCUGUGGAUUAUACAUACAGUUUUAAAGAGUUGUUUACCUGAUUUCAUCAAAAUGUCAUAUGUAAAAUAAAAACUAAAUAUGUGGCCUUUUAAUAUAA